CAGAAGGUCAUGGUUCUGAAUAUUUCUGGUUAAAGAUGUGGUUUACUUUUCUGGUUCGUAGAUCUAAUUUGUAAAUUGUAAGCUAUUGGUUUGUUAAGGUAGACACGCGUCAUUCAUUGUUUGGGUUUGUUACAGAUUUGUUAUUUAGUUCUGAGCUUAGACAAAUGAAUUAAGGAAAAUUUACUCGGGUUAUUAUAUUGCCCAACCAAAAACCCCACUUUUCCGAUUUUGUCAGUUGAAGAUUGUGAAUGGCGUGGGAUCGGAGGUCUCCCACCGGCACCGCCAUGGAUUCCUUCGCCCCAAGCUUCCUCUACUCUUCGUCUUCUUCGCCUAGGUCUUUCCUCGGCGAUGUCGAUGCAUCUCCGAAUGGCUUCCUCAUCGCACCUCCCUCCGAUCCGCGGAAAAAGAUCGAGAUGUACUCUCCUGCGUUCUACGCCGCCUGUUCCUUGGGUGGCAUCCUCAGCUCUGGUCUCACUUCCAUGGCCCUCACCCCUCUCGAUCUCGUCAAGUGCAACAUGCAGAUGGAUCCUGCAAAGUACAAGAGCAUCUCGUCUGGAUUCGGAGUUUUGCUCAGAGAGCAAGGAGUGAGGGGGGUCUUCCGUGGAUGGGUUCCCACUCUGUUAGGUCACAGCGCUCUGGGAGCCUGCAGGUUCGGAUUCUACGAGUUCUUUAAGAAACGCUAUUCGGACAUUGCUGGACCCGAGUACAAGACACUCGUCUACUUAGCCAGUGCUGCUUCCGCUGAGGUGAUCGCCGAUGUGGCUCUCUGCCCAUUCGAGGCAGUGAAAGCCAGGGUUCAGUCCCAGCCAGGAUUCGCGAGGGGAAUGUCUGAUGGAUUUCCCAAGUUUGUCAAGUCUGAAGGUGUCGGCGGCUUGUAUAAGGUACUUGGUCGGCUCUGGGGACGUCAGGUUCCUUACACUAUGAUGAUCUUUGCUUCUUUCGAGACAUUUGCGGAGAUGGACUACAAAAACGGAGUCUGCCCACCAAAGGAGCAGUGCAGCAAAAAUGAGCAACUCAGAUCAAGUUUUUCCAGAGGUUUGCUCGCUGGAACGUUGUUUGCUAUGUUUUCUCAUCCCACAAUCCAUCUACUUCCCUCCCUCAGCCACGCCAUACGAGCAACGCCUGCAGAGUGUAUAUCUGUGAUAGGAGGCAUUGAAGAAACUUGGGCAUUGGGGUCUGUUCAAACACGUUAUGACGUUAGGGGUCAAAGGGCUUCCUCUACGUGUUGUGGCGAUAGGGACACUGGUUGGUGCACAGUGGCUUAUAUAUGACUCUUUCAAAGUCUCUGUCGGCCUGCCAACCACGGGAGGCGCGUAGGCAUGUCAACAAAGGCCCGGAAUCCGUGACGAGUUGAGCCCGUUCGGGAAAAAAAAAAUAAGAAUAAGGGACGAUAGAUUAGGACUGAAAUUAGGAGCUUGAAUGAACGGAGUUUUUAGAGUUUUAAAAAAAAUUGAUAAUCAAGAUUUUAUGGAUUUAGUUUUA